AUGCGCAAGAGGCUGCUCCUUCUCCGCCACGGACAAGCGCUGCACAACCCGCGUGCCGAGGCUCGCCGCGCCGCGGGUUGCUCCUUUGACGAGUUCCUCCACACGAUGAAGGAGGACGACGCCCUGGACGCCGAUCUGACUCCUCUCGGCCGCCAACAGGCAGCCGCUGCCUGCAAUAGCGUGGACGGCGGCGCGGCAUCGCUAGGUAUUGAGCUAAUUGUCGCGUCGAGUCUCUCUCGCGCCAUCGAGACGGCUGCCCUCGCCUUCCCCGAGGCAGCGGCGGCCGGGCGCGACCGCUUUAUCAGCCUCGACUGCCUUUGCGAGCGCUCUGGCUGGCUGCUCAACGCGAAACGCCGGCCACGGGAUGAGCUAGUCAGUCGCUUUCCAGCCGUUGGCUUUGAUCUCUUGACGGAGACUGACGAGUGCUGGACCGAGGAGCUCGAGGAGGAGGCCGCGUGCGCGCAGAGGGGCUACGAGGCUCUGCUGUGGGUCGCGCGGCGGCCGGAAUCGACGAUUGCCGUCGUCGCCCACGGCGGUAUCUUCCACUACCUGCUGAGCCAGCACUCGAAAGUCUCGGCCGACGCGCCGACCGCGGCGCGCUUUGGCAACGCGGAGCUCCGUGCGUGCACCCUCUGCUGGAAGGACGAGGCGGCGGGCACUCUGCGGCUCGAGGCGGAUGAGAGUGUCCAGCCCUCUGCCAUGAGUGGGGUGUAG